GUUACUUCACAGCCAAUGCGCUGAAACAACCACACCACAACCACAUCUACAGCCGCCACAACUACAAUUCACUCCUUUGAAGUCGAUCUUUUCACUCUUUUCCUUCUUCCUACUUGUGGACCUGUCCUGCUCACGGACAACUCUGAAUCUCGUCCUGCCCGCCCCUUUCAGGCCACCUGGUCCACCGAACAUGAUCCUUCAGGCCACGCAGCCUUCCUCAAGGUGACACCGUUGUUGAAAUCUCGUCGGUUGCGAGGACAUGGCAUAUUUCGACAUGCGACAGCCACGCAGCAGCAACCGGACCACUGCCCUUGGCAUCCUCCUCGGCGUCGUCUUCAUCUACUUCCUCUACAGCAUCCAUAACACCUCGAUCGACCAGUCCGAACUCCGCUUGCGAGUCCAAACGUCCGCGGCCGAAAACCCACUGUCUCCUCCAACCUCAGCCUUUCGCAAGCAGUCCAACGCUCAAAAUGCCCAUGGUGUCCGCCGGCCGCCUCCCGUGGUCCACUAUCAACUCAACAACCUGACCGCCUCAGCAUCGCCUAUCCAGAAGCACGAGAAAGUCCUCAUCCUAACACCCCUGGCCCGCUUCUAUCCCGAGUACUGGGCCAACCUCCUCGCCCUGACCUACCCUCACGAGCAUAUCAGCCUAGGUUUCAUCACUCCAAAGACGAAGGAAGGCAAUGCGGCGACGGCCGCUCUACAAGAGGCAAUAAGGGAGACGCAAUCAGGCCCAGAAGAGGAGAGAUUCCAAUCGGUGACUAUUCUGCGGCAGGAUUUCGUGCCACCUUUGACUUCACAAGAUGAAAAGGAGCGUCACAAGAUGGAAAAUCAAAAGGUCCGGCGAGCAUCGAUGGCCCGGGCACGGAAUAGCCUGCUCUUUACCACCAUCGGCCCUCACACAUCCUGGGUGUUGUGGUUGGAUGGUGACGUGGUCGAGACUCCUCCUACACUGAUCCAGGAUCUGGCUAGUCACGAUAAAUCCGUCAUCGCCCCAAGCUGCAUGCAACGGUUUGUGAACGACGAAGGCGAGGAGGACAUCCGACCCUACGAUUUCAACACCUGGCGCGAUAGCGACGUUGCACAGGAGCUCGCCAGCAAAAUGGGACCCGACGAUGUUUUGCUGGAGGGAUAUGCCGAGAUGGCCACGUAUAGGACACUCAUGACCAAGCUGGCCAAGAUGGGCAAGGAUCGUGACGAACGGCGGCUGAUGCCGUUGGAUGGUGUGGGCGGAACUGCACUUUUGGUGAAGGCCGAAGUGCACCGAGACGGGGCCAUGUUUCCUGCCUUUCCUUUCUAUCAUCUCAUUGAGACGGAAGGCUUCGCUAAGAUGGCGAAGCGGCUUGGGUUCGAGGUUUGGGGCCUCCCCGAUUACUUUGUGUACCAUUAUAAUGAAUAGAUACGCCCGUGAUGAUACCAACAAUACCAGAGCUUGACCUGCCAAAAGCAAAAAGAAGAUUCGAGUGCCUUGAAAAACACCUUCCUACCUGGCCCCAGCUCGACUAAUGACAAGAUGCAAUGUGCCUUGCCAAUUUACCUACAUCAAAGUCUGGAGGCUGAUAUUCGAGUGCUCGAUUGGCUCCUAAGUCAAAGACACCUCGAUCCCCGUCCAUCCGAUCAGACUAGCGAGCACCGCUUUGCCCUUAUCCGAACAGACGAACAAUCCGUGCUUGCACACGAGGAGGAAUAGCCGCCAUUCUCGUGGGAAUUGGCCCAGGCAGAGUCCAGAAUAUUUAUCUUCCAAACCAAAAAAGUCCUAUGCGAAGCCAGCAGAUGCGUGAGAAGGAGGGAAGCCUAAUGGAAUGAAACACAAAAGUUUGCGGCGUGCGGGAGAACGGCCAAAAGAGAAAUGGACAAUCAAUAAACCAGGAGUUUUGUGGUUCGUUCCUUCGCAAUAUCUAGCUUGUCCUUCUUUCCCCAAGUGUAUCGGCCUGCCUCGGUGCUGUCAGCCAUACAAUCUCCAGAAACAGAACAGACAUAUCGACUACCGGUCGGAAGAACAAGGGCAGAGAUGUCAGGUAUAUUCGCAUACGGCGCAACGAAGUGUCGAGCGUGAGAAUCUCAGGAACAGAUGCAGACUGCGUCGAAAUCGCGUGAAGACUUGGGAUCAUGUCUCAUUUACUAUGGUAUUCUCUCCUCUUCCUUUUUAGAGCUGGUCGUGCAGUAGCCAAGGCUCUCGUCAUUGAUUUUCCCCCUAUUGAUUAGAUUGUCGCCCCGGGAGUCCACACCAGCCCGCCCCAUACCCUGGACCACCGCAGGUCGAGACCCAGGAAGGAACUCAAGAAGGUUGUGUAUUAUUGGGAGUGUAGUAUUAUUUUGCCC